AUGAGGUCCAAAGACUUGGCCGUCUUUAUCAUAUUAGUCAUCUCAGGAGAACUCUAUGCAGAAGAGAAACCCUGUGGUCUUCCUAGUGUGCACAAUGGGAGGAUUGCCCCGUAUUUCUACACUUUUGAAAGUUUCUACUUUCCAAUGAGCAUAGACCAAAAACUGUCUUUCUCCUGCUUGGCUGGCUACACAACGGACAAGGGGAAGCAAGAGGCGAAAACGACGUGCACAGCAGCAGGCUGGUCCCCAGAACCCAGAUGCUUCAAAAAAUGCACUAGGCCUGACCUGGUCAACGGUCACAUCUCUGAUUCAAAAUUAUUGUACACAAUUCGAGAGAGCAUGCGUUACGGUUGUGACUCGGGAUACAAAACCGCCGGGGGGCAGGAUGAAGAGGUGGUACAGUGUCUGAAGGACGGAUGGUCUUCUCAACCGGCCUGUAGGAAGGAGCAUGAGACAUGUCUGGCUCCCGAGUUACAGCAUGGGAAUUACUCCACCACGCAGAAAAUGUUCCGAGUGCGGGACACGGUCCGCUACCAGUGUGAUCCUGGCUACUACACGGCGGGGGGAGGGACGACGGAGGAGGCCGAAUGUCACACGCACGGCUGGUCUGUCCCACCGACAUGCACCAAAUUCAAAUGCUCUUCGUUAAAAGAAAUAGAAAAUGGUUAUUUUCUCCCUGUCAAGCAAACCUAUGAAGAAGGGGAUGUCGUUCAGUUUUUCUGCCGUGAAAAUUACUAUCUAAGUGGAUCUGAUUUAAUUCAGUGCUAUCACUUUGGCUGGUACCCAGACUCUCCUGUCUGCGAAGGAAAAAGAAACCGAUGUCCUCCUCCACCUCUGCCCGUAAAAGCCAAAAUCCAAGCGCCCUCGACCACGUACCGUGACGGGGAGACAGCGCGGGUCGAGUGCGAGCUGAAUUUCGAGAUCCAGGGACCGGAGGAAAUACGCUGUGACAACGGCAAGUGGACGGAGCCUCCGCAGUGCGUCGAGGAACAGAAGGUGGCCUGCGAGGCGCCACCCCCGGUGCAGAACGGGGCCGUGCACCUGCCCUCCGAGGCGUAUCGCAGUGGGGACCGAGUGACCUACGUCUGCAGCCGCGGCUUCCACCGCCUGGGGCCGAAGGAAAUAAUCUGCCAGCGUGGAAGGUGGACAACCCCCCCCGAGUGUGUGGAAAACAUUGAGACGUGUAACCCCCCACCCAACAUAACGAACGGAGCUGUUAUUGAUCAGUUAUCGGGGAGAUACGCUGCCGGGGCCUCUGUGGAAUAUAGGUGCAAUGAAUAUUACAUAAUGAGGGGAACACAGAUGUCCUACUGUGACUACGGACACUGGACACCCCCACCUGUGUGCUUAGAGCCGUGCACUGUAAGCCAGGACGACAUGCACAGAAACAACAUACAGAUGAAGUGGAAGUAUGAAGGAGAGAUCUUACAUGGAGAUUUAAUAGACUUUUCAUGUAAACAGGGGUUUGGUUUAUCCCCAUCAACUCCACCGUCUACAUUAUCUGUGCGGUGUGACAGAGGACGCGUGCAGUACCCUUUAUGUGUGAAAAAAGAAUCCAAAGGCUUCUGUCCCUCUCCUCUACUGAUUAACAAUGGAGUCUUUAUUAGUUCAAAAACUGGCAUCUAUGAAAACGGUUCCUCAGUGGAAUACAGGUGUUUCCAGUACCAUUUCCUACAAGGGUCUAAAUAUUCCUACUGCAUAGAGGGAGUGUGGACCACACCACCAUCGUGCUUAGAGCCCUGCAUAUUAUCUUGGGCUGAAAUGCAACAGAAUAAUUUACUCCUGAAAUGGACUUUCGACAAUAGACCGUUUAUUUUUCAUGGAGACUAUAUUCAUUUUCUCUGCGUGAGAGAUACUUACAUGAUGGACUCGUCUGUUAUUAAAACUGAACUCAGAGUGCCCUGUGACAAAGGGAAGCUGAAAUACCCAAAAUGUGUUCCAAGACAGAGGACACUGUCUUAUCAAGAACCCUUCAGGACAUGA